AUGCUUGUUGCGCAGCAUGCGAACGUGGACGAGCCUCUCAGCGGGCCUAAGGUCUUCGUCAUUGGCCCCGACUACAAGUGGCAAUACACCCACACAUUCCAUGUUCUCCGCACCUUGGCCCGAGGAACCCCCCACGAAACCGUCCAACCCCAUUACCCUCAUUUCCGGCGUUUGAAACAUCGGCAGCCUCGACGAACUUUUUCAAGUACACCCGCGGCGCGGAUUCGGCUAGAAGAUGACGAAGAUGAGGAAGAGGAGCUGCUCAAAACUGCCAAGUCUUCAAGAAGGCCGGUGCGACAGCAAAAGAGCAUGAGAACAUUAAUCAUGUCUCGGGAACCGAAACGUCCCAAACCGAAACCUAUUAACCCGGAAAAGGUUCGCGAGAUCAAAUCGAAGCUUCAAAUGCUCCCAAAUCCCCGCCAGUUAGUCAAGCAGUUCAUUGCCUGCAGAUACAUUGAUCUAGAAGAUCAAAUCGAGAGAUCCCACAACGUCGUUCAGGAAAUUUAUCGUUCUCACAUUGAAGAUCUACAAUCUUUGAUCCUCCGCAGUGAGGCAGCUUGUUGGAGGAUUGAACAUGAGUAUUGCAAAGUCGUUUACCACAAUACCCCUAGGUGGACAGCAGCAAUCUCUGACGUGAAGUGUGCUGUUACCCGCUUGCGCUACGAGUUCAUCAGUGCUGCCAUAAAGGAUUCGCAGCUAUCCAUCAAACACAUGGCAAAUUUCCUUCAACAAGAUUACUUGGACCCUCGGCAAUCGGCACGAACCAAGAUUGACAGCCUUCUACACUCCGCGACAGAUCUAUACCAGAAUUAUACUUUACUGCAGUCACUUGGAAGGGAAGUCAAUAAUGGACUAACUGAAAUUAAAGAUUUAAUUCAUUCCCUCAAAUCUGCCGACCAUCGGGGAAAGUUCCAGGGCUUUCUGAACAGAUUUGUGGCGCACAAGAUGGUCUUUAAGAUGGCUAUACACAAUUACCGUUCUGCCUGGGCCGAAGGAAAGAGAAGUCCGCUUCAGGUCGAGUCACAAGCUUGGUCCGCCCGAAACCUCAGUCACAUUAUCUAUAAUAAUGAGCACCGGCGAGAACCAGGCGACGUGGUAUCGUUUGUGAUCCGAAAAGGGAUAUUGCAAGGCGAUCAAAAAGACAUAAAACUAUCAGAACUGGUUCAUUCUUCUUUUCAUAGGACCGAAUUCAGGAUCGCCAGAAUUCUACGCGCGAAAUUCCAAAAGAAAUGGAAUGGGGCACUUGCCGAUAGUCCCAAGCUACAUAAAGUUUGGCGACAGCUUGAUGUGAUGGCCAUGUUCGAGAUGCAACAGUUCAUGAUGAAUGGGUUGCAGUAUGAAGUCUGGUUGUUGAUGAAAUCCCUUGAAGGGAGGUACGGACCAAUGUGGUCUGGUCUUAACCCCGAGGCAGCUUCAAAAUAUCAUCUGCAGCUACACAGGCUCAGUCAAGACCUCUCCAAUUCUCGAAGGCAGUUCGCGUUAGAAAUUGAUUUAUACAGACUCAUCAACUGGGCUCGGCUGGGUAUUGAAGAUAGGCUACACAAGCUAGGGAUGCCGAAUGAUCGCCAAGAACGGGGACUUUUUACAGUGGAACGGCCAAUCAGUCAGGACUAUGCACGCUUCAACAACUGGGCAAACAAGUUUGCUGCCAUUUCGUUCAGAAACUUGACUUUGGUCACAAUCCUUCAAGCUGAAAUUCGGGGAAGCGAGGACUUCCUGCGAGAUGAAUGCAUCCGUCUGACCAAAACUUACCUCAAACAGCCGAGCUUUGUGCCAGAAAUAGGCACCGCAAGCAUCGCGAAAAAUGACAGCCAGCAAUACGAGGAGGUCAAGGUAAAGCGUACUGUGUUUAGAAAGCUGUUUGGUGUAGGAGAGACAGUCACCUCAGGUGACUCAUUGUUCUCUCCAUCAUAUGCAGCAGCAAAAGAGUCGGCAAACCUGUCGGCCAAGUCUGAAAACACGGAUGGUUCUCAUCCAACAGAACAUUCAAAGGAUCCCCCAUCAGCAUCCGGCACUACGAACCCCGUUAUUGUCGAUAAAACGACUUCAAGGGCCGGAAAAAGGCAAUCAGUAAAGCAACGUGAAAUGCGGCCCGUUGUCGAGCAAUUCCCCAAGGAUUCGGUGAAAAAUUCGGCCAAUCUCAAGCCUACUUCGCCCAAGAGAAGAAGAAGCGCUCACCAAUAUGACUUCCCCCACCCCAUCGAACAAAUAGGCAAGGAAUCGGGUAAUCUCAAACCCGGAGGAACCCAGAAGAAGCCAAGGGUGCAGCAACAAACCUCCCAACAAAUCUCACAGCCUAAACAAGACCAGAAACCACCUGUCGGAAAAUCGACUACACCUAGGCCUACUGGGGUUGAAAAAGAAAAUGCAGCUCCAUCGUCCACAGCCAAUGUGAAACUUAACCGACCUACGAGAAAGCCGCAUCUUUCCAAACGACAAAAGAGAUCUACCCUUGGUCCUGCACCAAGCUCACUUUCUGGUCGCAGCAUUCAAGGCAAACUCGACUUGAAAUUUUUGGGUGGCUCGCCAGCCAGCUCCAGGUCAUACAGCACCAGAACAUGUGUUUUUGAGGCCAACGUCAAUGAAAGCAAUACUGGGUACAUGGAUGAGCAGUCCUUGCGUGUCGGUGCUUCACCGAAAGAGGAAACCAUUCAAAGUAGUUCAACAGUAUCUGCCCAUGAUCUUCUCUUACCAGCCGGAGGGGAGCUCUCGCAAAGUGAGAGCAAAGCUAAAGCGGAGGCAACAUCGCAAUUCUGGUCCCAUAGUUCGAAACGCGGGCCAAGUGGUCAGAAGCUGGCCGUGCAUUACUGCCGAACCUUAGAAAGCACCGAAGAGGUCGCCCAGCUUUUCCUCGAUAGCAAAGUCAUCGGCUUCGACAUGGAAUGGAAGGCACAAGCCUCUUCUUGGGACAGCAUCCAGAACAACCUGUCUCUGAUCCAAGUCGCAAACGAGGAGCGCAUCGCGCUCUUCCAGAUCGCCCUUUUCAAGCCAGGCCAAGCACUAAAGGACCUUGUUGCACCUUCUUUGAAGAAACUUCUUGAAUCGCCCGAUAUUACCAAAUGCGGCGUAUCUAUCAAGGCAGAUUCGACUCGUCUGCGCAAGUAUCUUGGUGUCGAAGCUAGGUCUAUCUUUGAGCUUAGCCACUUAUUCAAGUUAAUCAAGUAUGGCCUGACUCAGCCGAAACUUGUCAAUAAGAUUGGUGUCAAUCUUAGCAACCAGGUUGAAGAGCAUUUUGGGUUGCCUCUUGAAAAGAGCGAUGAUGUGAGAUGUGGUGAUUGGACUCGUCCUCUGAACUAUCGUCAAGUUCAAUAUGCCGCGACUGACCCGUAUGCCUGUAUCUGUCUCUUCAAUGUCAUGGAUAAAAAGAGACAAGCCAUGGACCCUAUGCCGCCCCUCCCUGCACAUGCUGAUCUCAACCUACCCAUCGUGCUUCCACCUCUCGCCAAAAAACCCUUGGCUUCUAGCCCGGUUGAGGAUUCCGAUGAUGUUGAUAUUGGUCAAUCUUAA